AUGAGCAUUACUGACCACACAAGAAAAAUUCUUCUUAGGGAAGGUAAGGGAGUGAACAGCAAGAAGAGGACUGAGCUUGAUCUCGUUGGCCUCCAUUCUGAGUUGAUGCGUGGCAUAGAUUCUACAAACAUACAUGGUCGGCCAUUUGCAACCAGCAUCGUCGCCUCCGAAGGGAACAACUAUGGCAACUUCUUCCAAGACGACCAACUUUUCUACUCGGGUGUUGGAGAGGACCAGACCACAUUGGUCAACGGUAACUUAGCUCUGGUCAAUAGCAUGAGGCAAAAACAACCAGUUAGAGUGAUCCGUGGCCAUAAGAACUUGGACCAUAGGGAGAGAGCGAAACGAUAUGUGUAUUUAGGGCUGUACAUGGUUGAAGCUUUUUGGAAGGAGAAAAGAGCUGAAGGUAAAAGUUUCUUCCAGAUUAGACUUCGCAGAGCUUGA